AUGCUGGAUUGGACGGAAGUGCAUCACGACGUGGAAUCGGGUAGGAUGGUGCUCCUCUUCAGUACGCGCAUAUAUUUUGUUGGUACUGCCGAGUCCGAUCCACAGCAGUGGGGGCGCGGUGGUUUGAAUGACUGGAACGAACUCUGUGAAGCGUCCAGCGACGAAUCCACGUCUCUGGAAGGUGUGGAAGGGAACCACGAGCCUGGAACGCCAGUCAGGUGGCGUCUCAACAGGGGUUUGUAUGACCACAAGACAUGGAACCGGGUGACGUUCUGGGAGGAGGUUUUGGUCGUGUCGCUGAGCGAAGACAUGCAGCGGCAAUUGAUAGAAAUGGUGUAUGGCGAGCACUCUGACGCGUUGAACAAGUUUCUGGAAUUGAAUCCGUUUACCUCUAGCAUCCGCGCAUUGCCGGCGUACAUGAAUUCUUUUGGGAUCAGUCAGACUGAGGUAGCGUCGUUGGUAAGAAAGAUUUGUAAUCAAUACAGCUUGUCGACUGAUUACACCAACCUGCUCCUGUCCAGCAUCGAACCCCAGGGCGUCUCAUCGGAAGAGAAUGGGGCCUCUGGCGACCCGCCGGCGGAUGCGAAGCCGCCUGUUCCAGGCGUUUCGAGGCGGAGAGGCAGUGAACAAGGUGGUGCUGGCGAGGUUCUGGCACAGGCGGGUCAGAUACAAGCCAGCCAGACAGAAGUCAGCCAGAUACAAGUCAGUGAGGGGGCAGCUGCCCCCUCUGGUGGAAUAGAUUCCCCCUCUGGUGGGAUAGAUUCCCCCUCUGGUGUGAAGACAGACGGUGUGAAGACAGGGGGUGUGAAGACAGGGGGUGUGGCGUAG